CCCUCAAAUUCCGUCACAAACCCGGAAGUGUGUGACGUUACACCUUAGACUGAAAGUGACGGUGAACGUCUUGACAUUUUGCUUGUUUUCUCUACUCAGAAGUGCCGUUUUUUGUUUUUUAAAAUAUAUUUAAGAUUCAUACGUUGUUUGUUUUCGUCGCGUAGCUCGUAAACAGGAGACAAUGCGCGUUACUUUAGCGGCUGUGUUGUUGGUUUCGGUGUGUGUGUUUAUUUCCGAAGAUGCUGUAGCCCAGGAGAAAACUGUCCCAUCGGACGACAAGAAAAAUGGAACUACUGUCCCAUCGGACGACAAGAUAAAUGGAACUACUGCCCCAUCGGACGACAAGAAAAAUGGAACUACUGUCCAAUCGGACGACGAGAAAAAUGGAACUACUGCCCAAUCGGCCGACGAGAAAAAUGGGACAACUGGCCAAUUGGACGACAAGAAAAAUGGGACAACUGGCCAAUCGGACGACAAGAACAUUGAGUCACCUGGCCAAUCAGACGACAAGAAGAUUGAGUCAACUGGCCAAUCAGACGACAAGAAGAAUGAGUCAACUGGCCAAUCGGACAACAAGAAGAGUGAGUCAACUGGCCAAUCGGACAACAAGAAAAUUGAGUCAACUGGCCAAUCGGACAACAAGAAGAUUGAGUCAACUGGCCAAUCGGACGACAAGAAGAAUGAGUCAACUGGCCAAUCGGACAACAAGAAAAUUGAGUCAACUGGCCAAUCGGACAACAAGAAAAUUGAGUCAACUGGCCAAUCGGACAACAAGAAGAUUGAGUCAACUGGCCAAUCGGACGACAAGAAGAAUGAGUCAACUGGCCAAUCUGACAACAAGAAGAGUGAGUCAACUGGCCAAUCUGACAAGAAGAAUGAGUCAACUGGCCAAUCUGACAAGAAGACGACCACCCCGCCAGAUGAUGCAUUACAGAAGACGACCAGUAAUCCUAACAAACAACUGAAUAAAGAACAACAAACAACCACUUUGAAAGAAGAUACAGAGACCGAGGCAGAAGGAGAGAGUGAGGCAGAAGGGAAGGGUAAUGUUGAGGAUGAGGUAGAAGGAGAGGGUAAUGUUGAGGAUGAGGUAGAAGGAGAGGGUAAUGUUGAGGAUGAGGUAGAAGAGGGCAAUGUUGAGGAUGAGGUAGAAGAGGGCAAUGUUGAGGUAGAAGGUGAGGUAGAAGGAGGGGGUAAUGUUGAGGGAGAGGGUGAGACUAUCAUUGAUGGUGGUGACGGUGAUAAAGUCCUCGGGGGCGAAGAUGAACUUGACAAUGUCGUUCAGUUGGAGAAGAACAGGGGGCAGAAAGAGGUGAUCACCCCCACGCAGGAGGGAGAGAGCAGUCACUUCUUCGCCUACCUCGUCUCUACUGCCUUACUGGUGGCCAUCCUGUACAUCGGAUAUCACAACAAGCGCAAGAUCUUUGCUUUUGUGCUUGAGGGCAGGAGGGCGAGGUACACGCGGAGACCCAAAACAUCAGACUAUCAGAAACUUGGUUAUCACUGAGUUCGCCGAGCCGUGGUGAUGCUGUAACCUGCAGGAGAUCGUCGUGACUUUAAACCGCUCGACUCUCUCUCUGUCCUCGUUAUGACCUGAUGGGGUUUUUUUGUUUGUUUAUUUUUGUUUUGUUUAAAGUACAGCAUGAUUUGAAGGUUACUGUGUUUUUUUUUUCUUCUGUUUUAGUCCAGUCUAUUCUCAAAGGGUUUUGUUUUAGAGAUUAUGUCGCUGUCGGGUUUUUCCCCCAUUUUUUUUUUUUGCCUGUCGGUUUGUUUAAUAUAUGGGUUCGUUCUGUGCAUGUAGGAGAGAGAGAGAGAGAGAGAGAGAGAGAGAGAGAGUGUGUGUGUGUGUGUGUGUGUGUGUGUGUGUGUGUGUGUGUGUGUGAGAGGUGAGAGAGAGAUGCCUGUUAAACUGAGAUCAGGGAGAUCUGAUUGGUUGUUUAGGAAUAAAAAGCUUAAAAUGAAUUCAGGGCUAUUUAUUGAUGAAGUAAAACUCUUCGCGCAGGCCGGGCCGUGGCAAUGUGCGAGAGAAGCACGCAAACCUCGUAAAGCUCUGUGGACAAAUGGUAAAGACCUCGUCUCUGAGCUUUUAACCCAGUUAAAAAUAUAUAUAUAUAUUUUUUGCUCCAAGCCAGCUUCAAACACACCGGGUGUUCAAUGUUGUAAAAGUAAGCAGAGUUAAAAGCACAAAUAGAGAGAUUUAUAUUCUGUCCUGUUGCACUGGGUUGAUUGUGUGUGUGUGUGUGUGUGUGUGUGUGUGUGUGUGUGUGUGUGUGUAUAAAAGAAAAAAGUCUCAGGAUGCUACAGAACUCUACAGAGCGAUCUCCUGAUGUAAAGCGGACACCGGAACGGUUUCUGGUGACCACUGGAGAUGGGUUUCACGUUUAAAGUCGUUAAAUUCACGCCGAUUUAUUUUGGACUCUGACGUAGUGAACGGUUCACGCUGCAGCUCCACUGAUGCACUUUUCAAUACGAUACCACAAUCAAAUCUCAAGUCUGGUCUCCAGUAAAGUGAAACGACCAAACCCCCACCACUGUUACGACGAUGACGCAGUGGCGACCAUAGCUUCUACACUGCUACGAAUGUGUACUGCGAUAUUGGAAUUUAUCACAAGUAUCGUAUCGGUCCUGACGCGGGUAUCGUACCGGUGCAGCCCUGAUUAAGACCUCAGAGAUUUUUGUUGAUUUCAUGUGAAUUUUUUGUGUGUGUGUGUGUGGGGGGGGUGAUUUCGAGGUCUGAGCUCAUGUAGACAGGCUGAAUUCAAGUGCGUCAUGCUGAAUGUAGACAGAAUGAUGUCGACUUUACAUAGCCAUAUGAAGAUAAAAGCGGUGGAUGAUCCACUGACUUAAGACUCGGGAAAGAUUUAUUGUCUUUUUGAGCUGUGAUUCUGUUUUCUGUAGAAGUCGAGACCAAAAAAAAUGUCAAGUUCAAUCUUUUUUUGUUUGCUAUAAUGUCUUUUUCCUCCCCAAAAUGUCAAAUUCCUUUGUGUGUGUGUGUGUGUGUGUGUGUGUGUGUUUGUGUGUGUGUGUGUGUCAGUGCCACAACUCACGCUGCAUCCUCUGAUCCUGCAGCGAUGGUUUUCUAGCGCGCUCUCGAGUUCGUGUGCGAGAGCGUGACAUGAACAAAGGCUUCACACAACCACUGUUUAAAUACUAGAUAAAGAAAAUAUGAACGUGUUUCUGUCUGUGGUCUGAUUUUUUUAUUUUAUUUAUUUUUAUUUUUUACAUUUAUUUUUUUCUUUCAUUCAUUUGUCACUUAAAGAUACUGCUUUUGGAUAAAAUAUAGAUAAAUAAAUCUUUUAAUUCCUUAA